AUGGCGACGUCCACCAAAUCCUGGCUUGAAAUACCUUCUGAUUCGCCCUUCUCACUGGCCAAUAUCCCUUUCGGCAUAAUCAGUACUUCGGCCUCUCCUCGACCGCGCACGGCAAUAGCAAUCGGUGACUACGCCCUCGACCUCUCCGCCUUUGCCAAAGGAAAUGGCUUCUCAGAAGUCGCCAGUAUCCAGACUUACCUCUUGGUCUUCGAUCAACCAACUCUGAAUGACUUUGCCGCGCUCCCACAGUCGAUCCGCCGCGACGUUCGCUCGUACAUACAACAAGUCUUCCAGUCGGACUCGCCACACGCUGAGAUCCUCACACAUAACUCAGACUUAAAGCAGCAAGUGCUGCUGCCGCUGAGUGAAGUGCGGACUCAUCUCCCAUUCGCAAUUGGCGACUACACGGACUUUUAUGUAGGCUUGCAUCAUGCGCAGCGCUGCAGUGAUCUCUUCGGCUUGACCCUGCAUCCAAAUUACCGCUCGCUUCCAACAGCAUAUCACGGCCGCGCUUCCUCCGUCGUUGUGUCAGGCACUAACAUUCGUCGACCAUGGGGACAAUAUUUGCCCGACCCGAUGGCGAAGGAGAAAAUCGCAACAUACGCGCCGACUCAAAGGUUAGACUAUGAGCUUGAACUUGGCGCAUUUAUAUGCGGAGCGAACAAACUCGGUGAACCGAUUCCUAUUGAUCAAGCAAAGGACAACAUCUUUGGACUCGUACUUCUGAAUGAUUGGAGUGUGAGAGACGUACAGAUGUGGGAAAUGCCACCGUUGGGCCCGUUCAAUGCGAAGAAUCUCGGUACGAGUGUCAGCCCGUGGGUCAUAACGCUUGAGGCGUUGGAACCGUUUGCGACAACAGGCAUACCCAAUGAUCGGGAAAUUCUGCCGUACAUGAAGGAAGCGAAUAAGCAGAGUCACUAUGACAUCAGGCUUGAGGUCGCAAUUGCGCCGAAAGCGACAGGCAAGUCCAAAACCAUCUCCCACAGCAAUGCAUCCAAUCUGCUCUGGUCCUACCCGCAGAUGCUGGCACACCACUCAGUGACGGGCUGCAAUAUGCGCGUGGGAGACUUGCUAGGUAGCGGGACAGUCUCCGGGAAAGAGGACGGCAGCGAGGGAUGCCUGCUGGAACAGACGAAAGCUGCAAAGGUUCCCGUCAAACUUGACGGUGGAGAGGAAAGGAGAUUCCUCGAGGACGGAGACACGGUAACGUUUCGAGGAUUCGCCGGAAAAGAGGGAGCACUAGUAGGCUUCGGCGAAUGCACAGGAAUGAUAGAACCUGCUUUAAAGCAUUGA